UUGAGUGGGAGUAGAAUGCAUGAUCAGUCUUCAAAAGCAGUUGCUGAGGACAGAAUGCAGAGAAGCGCAGAACUCAACACCAGCCAUUACAAGUACUGGAUUUAAUUGGUCAGCCCUCAGAAUGAGUUUGCUGAGCUGUAUCAUCAUUCAGAUACUCUGGGCUUUCUCUUCUAAGGGACAAGCUCCAGCAUGUGAAGAGCCGCCUGCUAUUGAUUUUGGGGGGAUUGUUAGUGAUGACAAAUUGGAGUAUAGGGAAGGUGACAAAGUGCAAUACAAGUGCAAUCCUGCAUACAGCCUGAUGGGAACUGAAUGGAUCACAUGCAGUGGAAAAACCUGGACACCUGCACCACAGUGUUUGGCACCGUGUAGUCUUACAAAACAGCAACUGGAGACCAAAAAUCUGCUUCUGUCCAAUAGGCGAAGACAUGCACAAUUGAUUCAGAGUGAGCACACACUGGAAUUUAUGUGCAGUGAAGGAUAUAUCCUCACAAUCCCUUCAGUCAGGAAGUGUGUUAAUGGGCACAUGGACUUGCCUUCAUGUAUCUCUGAAACAGGAAAAAACUGUAGCCGUCCACCUACUAUUGAGAAUGGAGACAUAACUACUUUCUUGGAAAAAGGAUACACAUCUGGCUCCUUUGUAGAAUUCAAAUGCCAACAAUUUUAUGCAAUGGAAGGACAGAACAGAUCUUUUUGUGACAAUGGGAAUUGGACAAAAGCACCACUUUGUUUAGAGCCAUGUGCUAUCUCAGUGGAAGAAAUGGAAAACCAGAUGGUAGAGCUGAAUGGGAGACCAAAUGAGAACAUAUCGCAAUGGGUGUACCUAAAACGUGGUGAUUUUCUUGAGCUUCGCUGCAAACCAGGAUAUGUACUUGCAACUAAUUUAUCUCAAUCUACUUUUAUGGUGCAAUGCAAUGGAAAUCCAAUUGUCUAUCCGGAAUGCAAAGAAAUUGUAUGUGAUCCUCCAGGAGUGGUUAAUGGUAGAUUCAGACCUCAAAGGAACAUGUAUAGGGAUGGUGAUGUCCUUAUAAUUACGUGUAAUCAUGGAUUUCACAUUAAUAAUGAACAAGAUACAGCUGAAUGCACAAAGAAUGGCUGGUUGCCUCCUCCAGGAUGUAGCAAUACACCAUGCCAAGGUGUUCCAGAUGUUUUCAAUGCUCAAACUGAAGGUAGAGUGAAGGAUAGUUAUGAACCUGGUGAAACAGUACGUUAUCAGUGCCAUUCUGGUUUUAUUAUAAGAGGAUCACCAGAUGUUACAUGUAGAGCUGGGAAGUGGACCCAAAAACCUGUAUGCGAAGUGAGCAAGUGUUUACCAGUAAAUGCACCAGAAAAUGGAAAAAUCCUUGCCGCUGGUGUAUAUGAGGCAAACCAAGAAUUUUCUUUUGGCCAAGUUGUACAGUUUGAAUGUAAUAUAGACUAUAAACUUUCUGGAUCUAAAGAAAUACAUUGCUCAGCUGAUGGACAUUGGAAUGCUGCUGUACCUACAUGCAUAGUGAUAACCUGCGAACCACCAAGAAUUAAUAAUGGAAAUUUAAUGACUCCAAUGAAAGUUUACAGGGAGAAUGAACGAUUGCAGUUUAUUUGUAAUGCUGGAUAUACAUUCGGUGAAAGAUCUGAUGCAGAGUGUACAGAAUAUGGAUGGCGUCCAAAACCAUCUUGUAAAGAAAUUAGAUGUGAUCCUCCAAUAGUGACUAAUGGAAUCUACGACCCCGCACAAGAAGUGUUCAGAGAAUUGGAAGUAAUCAGAGUGCACUGUAAUCAAGGAUUUCACUUUGAAACGGACAAUAGGGAGAAGACAGCAGAAUGCACAAAGAAUGGUUGGUUACCUAUUCCAAGAUGUAUCUUGAGACCCUGUGACUACCCAAAUAUAGAAAAUGGAGCAUUAACUGACUAUUAUGAACUUUACAAAGAACGAGCCUUUCCAGCACAGUUAGGCUUGUCAAUUUACUACAGAUGUCUUGAUGGUUACGUAUCUGAAAAAGAGGAGGACUGGACUCAGAUCAGUUGUACUAGAGGGGGCUGGUCUCCUGCACCAAAAUGCCUUAAAAAAUGUUCUCCUGGUCAUUUGGAAAAUGGUAGAUUUCUGUAUAGCUCUUGGAAAACCUACAAAGAAGGUGCUGACAUUUCAUAUGUGUGUUCUCCUCAUAAUCUGAAAACCAAAGUUACAUGCACAAAGAAUGGCUGGUCACCUACUCCAACAUGUACUUCUACCAAAAUCUGUGAAAAAGUUGAGAUACAGAAUGGUUAUUUCUCUGAAAGUAAGCGCAGAUUUAAUUUAAACGGGGAAGCAACAUAUGGGUGUCAGAUUGGUUACACGACUCCAGAAGGAAAAGUGACGGGGAAGACACAGUGCCUUCAAGAAGGAUGGACUCCUUUACCAAAGUGCAUUAAAACAUGUGAAAUGCCUCGUUUCGAGCAUAUUAAUUUCCACACAACUCGAACGGUGUUUCUGCCUGAUGAAACACUGGAAUAUGAAUGUGCGGAUGGAUACCAAACAGUAAAUAAAAUCACAACAGGUUAUACAGUGUGUGGCAUAAAUGGAUGGACUCCUGAGCCCCAGUGUCUUGCCAUAGAAUGUGAAAUGUUGACAUUGUCCAAAGGCUCAGUUUCCCCCCCAAAAGGGAAAUAUGAUAAUGGAGAUGUGGUAACUUUUUCCUGUGCAAAAGGUCACAAAAGAGUGGGACCUGACUCCUCUCAGUGCUAUUACUUUGGAUGGUUCCCAGCAUCUCCGACAUGUAAAGAGGAAACCAAAGCUUGUGGAGAACCACCCAGCAUUACCAAUGGGAAUAUUAUCAGUGAACUUCAUGAGAACUAUCAGCAUGGUGACUCAGUGGAAUAUGAUUGUGACCUCAGUUUUAAAAUUAUUGGAUCAAGAAAAAUAGAAUGUAUUGAUGGGGAAUGGACAUCUUUACCUUCUUGCACAGAAGAGGAAAAAACCUGUGGACGACCACCCCAUAUUACCAAAGGGAGAGCUGUCAAUAUAGAACGUGAACAGUACAUUCAUGGAGAUACAGUGGAAUAUGAAUGUGAAAAAAACUAUGUAAUGGUUGGGCCAAAUAAAGGGAAGUGUCUUAGUGGAGAAUGGAUAUCUUUGCCUUCGUGUGCUGAUAAAUCUGCUACAUGUGAACUUCCAGACAAUUUUGAGAAUAUAAUAAUUUUACAAACUGCCAGCAAAAGGAUCUAUACGCACAAAACAUCUAUAAUGUACAAAUGUAAAACAGAUGGCACAAACUUUAUACAAGCAACUUGUAAACAUGGGGAAUGGACACCCAAAAUUGACUGCAUAGAAAGAAAAUGCCCACCUCCACCUCAGCUUCCGGGUGCCAUCAAGAUCACAGAGACACGAAACUAUGAGAGUGGUGAAAAAAUAGCUUUUACGUGCCUAGAGCAUUUUGAACACCAAGGAGUGAAAGAAAUAAUGUGUGAAAAUGGGAAGUGGCAAUCACCACCGCACUGUGUUGAAAAAUUAUGUUUCCAGCCACCUUCCAUAGCAAAUGGUGAGAUUCUCAGUCUAGAAAAUCAGAACUUAAGACAGGAGCAAUCAGCACCAGUGACUUAUCGGAAUGGUACCAUGUUAACGUACAGUUGCAACUCUGGCUUCAUGUUACGUGGACCACCUGAGAUCAUUUGUAAGGCUGGAAGAUGGACCACAGCUCCUACAUGUGUUGAAAUGCCAUGUACAGGUGUUCCAAAUAUUAUCAAUGCUCAGACUGAAAGCACAGUGAAGCAUAGUUAUAAGCCUGGUGAAACAGUACGUUAUCAAUGCCAUCGUGGUUUUACCAUCAGUGGACCAUCAGAAGUUACGUGUAAAGCAGGGAAGUGGUCCACACAACCUGUAUGUGAAGAUGCAACAUGUAGCGCGCCACGUAAUGUUCCCAAUGCUGAUAUUGUAAAUGAUAAGGAGGGAAGGUAUCUGCCUGGUGAAAAAGUGCAAUAUAAAUGUAGGGAAGGAUAUGAAAGUAUGGAAUCAAAGUAUGUAAUUUGUGAAGAUGGAGAAUGGUCACAACCACCAAUUUGCAAAGAGGUUGCAGGAAAGUGUGGGCCCCCACCUACUACUGAUCAUGGAGACACCAUUGACUUUGCAAAGCCAGUAUAUGAUUCAGGUUCAAUUGUGCAAUACAGAUGCAAAAGUUUUCAUGCAAUGAGGGGAUCUGAAUUUGUUCACUGCGAGUCUGGCCAAUGGACAAACCCACCAGUUUGCUUAGUGCCAUGUACAGCAUCCCCAGAAGAGAUGAAGAAAAACAAUAUUGAGCUGAAAUGGAGGGAUACCGCUAAAUUGUAUUCAGAAAGUGGAGAUUUUAUUGAAUUUAACUGUAAAUGGGGAUAUGAAAGGGAUCCAACAUCUUCUGACUUUAGAAUACAGUGUAUGGAGGGGAAAUUAGCAUAUCCUAAAUGUAAGAAAGGACGUACUUCAGGAUGAAUAAAAAGAAGCAUCGAGCAGAUAAUUUUAACUGAGAUCUGAGGAUCAGAAUCCAAUGACUAGUUAUUUGUAAUGUUCACACAUUAUGUCCUUUGUCAAUAUUUUAGCUUAAAUUGAUUACAUGUUUCAGUUCAGUCACUUUUUUUUAUCAUUGGUCACAAUGGUUUAAAAUAUACAGUCAUAAAAUAGUAACAACAGAUGGGCAAAUAGGUUCACGCUCAGAUCAAACUACAGCUUUUUAUGAUAUUUAGAAAAGGAAAUUUUAAGGGAAAUCGUACACAUCUGCACAUCCUGAAUUACACACUUCCUGCUCGCUGAAACAGAAAGCAGCGGUAUUUCCCUCUGGCCCAAAUCAGGAACUCCAGGAAGUCUCAUUAGAAACAUUAAUCUUGAGAGAUUUUUAGCCUAAUCACCACACCAAAAUGUUUAGGAUAUGCAUGGAGGCUUUUGAGUUCUGCCCAUCACUAUUAGCUGUUGGUGAUCAUUCUUCCAAAUAUUUUAGUCCAUGUAACCAAAAAAUGAUCCUGUCAUCUAGCAUAGUUGUACAGAAAACAUUGACUUCUCUGCUUAAAAUGUAAACUCUUAGUGUCUUAAUUAUGUCUCCUUUUUAAAAUUAAAGAUUUGUAUGUUUCAUUUACCACUCUUCUUAAAAGGUCUGUUAUUUGGACUUUUUUGGGUUUUUUAUUAACAGCAUUAUCUGUAGUAAAGCGAGAAGGAAUCUUAGGAUUUGUAGAAAAAUGGAGACAAAGAUGAAAGUCUGCGGCUAAUUUGAAUAUCAACAUGAUACAUGCAUUUGACAGUGUGUGAAUAAAUUGCCUAUUCCUAUUUUCCACUGUAUGCAAUAAACUGGAAAUUAGACUA